AUUUAAUAACACUGAUUUAAAUUGAGUAGGCCGAUCUUUCGCUUCUCGAUACUCCCGAUAGACUCCUAUGAAACGAUUUAGAAAAGAAGUAAGAGCGAUGAUUCUCAAGGCAAAUAAGUUGUUUCUAUGCUGUUUAAUAACAUUGACUGUAGGAGAUGUAUUUUACCAAACCACUGCAAUGGAUUCGGAUGAAAACGUCGAGAUGGAACAAACAUGGGAGCAACAGAAAAUCAUAAAUCUGAAAAGGUUUCUUGAACAAGAAGACAAAUCAAGCGACAAGUUAGUCGCACUUCUUGAACAACCAGUAAAGCAAAUUCGGGUGAAAAGGAAAGAUCCGGAAAACUCAGGAAGUGGAUGUGGAUACAUUCCUUCAGAUAACUGCGCAAGCUCCCCAUGUAGCGCUAAUGCAAACUGUACAAACACCGAUGAUUCAUAUCUUUGCAAAUGUCAAACUGGUUAUGAAGGAAAUGGGAGACACUGCACAGAUGUCAAUGAAUGUAAAAGCUUCCCAUGUGGUUUUAACGCAAACUGUGCAAACACUAAUGGUUCAUAUCUUUGCCAAUGUAAACCUGGAUAUGAAGGAAAUGGAACCAACUGCACAGACGUGAAUGAAUGUAAAAGCUUUCCAUGUGGUUCUAAUGCAAACUGUACAAACACUAAUGGUUCAUAUCUUUGCAAAUGUCAACCUGGAUAUGAAGGAAGUGGAAUCAACUGCACAGCUGUCAAUUACUGCGAAAACGCCACAUGUGAUUCUAAUGCAAACUGUACAAACACUAAUGGUUCAUAUCUUUGUGAAUGUCAACCUGGAUAUAAAGGAAAUGGGAUAAUAUGCACAGAAGUCAUUAAUUGUACGAAUUCCCCAUGUGGUGCAAAAGAAACAUGUGUAAGAAUCAAUGAUUCAUACGUUUGUCGUUGUAAAACUGGUUAUUGGAGAGAGAGAACAAAUUGCAGAGAUAUCAACGAAUGUGGCGCAAAAAAUCUAUGCGACUCUAAUGCGAUUUGUAAUAACACCGAUGGUUCAUAUCUUUGUAAAUGUCAACCUGGAUAUGAGGGAAACGGAACUAACUGUAAAGAAUCAUCCAAACAAGGAUCAUCAACUGCCGAGAGUAGUGACAAUACCGGCGUCAUUGUUGGCGUUAUUGUUGGCGUGGUUGUCUUGCUUGUCGUGUUCGUUGUUGUUUACUACCUUUAUCGAAGAAAACAAAAGGUGAAAGACACGGAGGACACACGUACCAUAAAAAAUCGUGCUUAUGAGCCACACUUGAAAGAUGUAACGGAACCAGAUGCAGAGUCCCCACGUAUUCCUGAAUCCGCGAAUCGCUACGAAAUAUCCAAAGAACCAACAUACGCAUCACUAGACAAUUCUAAACGAGAUGAUGAAAAUCUGUAUCAAAGUUUGACUAAUGAAACUCGCGACGCUCCCGGCAAAGAAUCAGAAUAUGCUUCGCUGAAGAGUACAGAAAGAGAUCCCGAUGAUGACAAGCAGUAUCAGAGCUUGGUUAAUGUUGGUUAUCAAAAACAGUCAGAGGAGGACGAAGAUAAGGACGACUAUGAAGAGGUCGGGGGACAGAAGUCGGGGGAAGCUAUCACCAAACCCGACACUCGCCUUGAAAAACCCGACUAUGCCGAGCUGGAUAUUUCCAAGCGAGAUCCCAACGAUGAAAACCAGUAUCAAAGUUUAACACCAGGAGAUUAUGAACAGCCCCAGGAUUGUCGUUUUGGUAACCUCAAUGCAAAUGCUUCAUCGAACAAAGAUGGUAAUCCUGAAAAUGCAUACGAAGAUUUACCCUGACAUAUGAUCGCAAAAACCAUGCAUCUAUAUUAUGAUCGUGAACCAUGUCAUUUAGAAAAAAGAUCCCAAAUUUCUAUAUCUAAUGGUCGAAAUUGGGCUGUGAAACAGCUUUUGCAUGAACAAAAUUAGAUUCACAAUUCUAGAUGGUUAGAGCUAGAACAAUACUUUACUGUCACGAAUUGGCGUCAAUCGAGCGUUAAUUAAGAGGGACCAUAUUCAUAUAUUUUGCGAUGCCUGCAUUGCUAAUUUCUUUUCACUUUCAAUAGAAAUCAGCUUGACAUA